CAGGGCGCCUGUGACAUUCAGCGGGAAAGGCGAGCGCGGACUGUGGCGCCCCGGCUCCCGCCGCCGCCGCCGCCCACCACGCUGCGCGCCCCGCGCUGGCCCGGGCACUGCCGAGGACGGGCGGCAGGCGCACUCUGCACGCUCGACCCGGGCUGGCCUGGCCCGGCCACCGCCGCCGCGGACAGCUCCCAAACCCCGGCCCCGGCGCCUGCCCUAGGCGGCCGGAGCCUCCGGCUCGGGCUGUGGCGCAGCACAAGGACAGGAGCCGCGCGCCAGGAGAGGGACCCUGCCCCCGCGCUCGUAUAUGGCAAAGUUUCUCGCCGGGCUCCUGAGCUGCACGUUGCCACGCAAGGGCGCCUCUCCCAUGUUCGAGUCCCAAAGUCACUCCCAGGUUGGCCUGAAAUCAAGCACCAAGCAAAAGACUACGAAAUUCAGCACCGUGGCCAGUGAGAAGUCCUUAUCUACCUGCAGAAAGGAACAGCCAUGGAAGCCUUCUGUGUACAGCAGCCUGACUCCAGCCUGCUUUAUGAGCCCACUGAAUGAGAAGCAAACAGGCAAAGAAAACAAGAAGAAAAUAAAUGCGAGAGAAAUGCUACAUCCACCACUGGAAGGGAUGACACUUUGUGGGGAAAGCAUGCCUCAGACGCCUCCCUUCUCAGCAAUGUUUGACAGCAGUGGCUACAACCGAAACCUGUACCAGUCUUCAGAGGACAGCUGUGGAGGGCUGUACUACCAUGACAACAACCUGCUGUCGGGUUCCCUGGAGGCCCUUAUCCAGCACUUGGUACCCAACGUGGAUUAUUAUCCCGACAGAACAUACAUCUUUACCUUCCUGCUCAGUUCUCGGCUGUUUAUGCAUCCCUAUGAGCUCAUGGCCAAAGUGUGCCACUUAUGUGUGGAGCAUCAGAGACUAAGUGAUCCUGAGAGUGAUAAGAGCCAGAUAAGAAAAAUUGCACCUAAAAUUCUCCAGCUUUUGACAGAGUGGACAGAAACAUUUCCUUAUGAUUUCCGAGAUGAAAGAAUGAUGAGAAACUUAAAAGAUCUGGCUCACCGAAUAGCCAGUGGCGAAGAGCAGACGUACCGGAAGAACGUGCAGCAGAUGAUGCAGUGUCUGAUCCGCAAGCUUGCCGCGCUCAGCCAGUACGAGGAGGUGCUGGCAAAAAUCAGCUCCACGUCCACGGAUCGGCUCACCGUCCUCAAGACCAAGCCGCAGUCCAUCCAGAGGGAUCUCAUCAGUGUGUGCAGCGACCCGUACACGCUGGCCCAGCAGCUGACUCACAUAGAGCUGGAGAGGCUCAAUUACAUCGGACCAGAAGAAUUUGUCCAGGCGUUCGUGCAGAAGGACCCUUUGGACAAUGACAAGAGUUGCUACAGUGAACGGAAGAAAACCCGAAACUUAGAAGCCUAUGUGGAAUGGUUUAAUCGCCUGAGCUACUUGGUUGCCACGGAAAUCUGCAUGCCUGUAAAGAAGAAGCACCGAGCAAGGAUGAUUGAGUAUUUCAUUGACGUAGCACGGGAGUGUUUCAACAUUGGCAACUUUAACUCCUUGAUGGCAAUCAUCUCUGGAAUGAACAUGAGCCCAGUCUCUCGACUAAAAAAAACCUGGGCCAAAGUGAAGACAGCCAAGUUUGACAUUCUUGAGCAUCAAAUGGACCCUUCAAGCAAUUUCUAUAAUUACCGCACGGCUCUCCGAGGAGCAGCACAACGGUCUUUAACUGCUCAUAGCAGCAGAGAGAAGAUUGUGAUACCAUUCUUCAGUCUCUUAAUCAAAGACAUUUAUUUCCUCAAUGAGGGCUGUGCCAACCGCCUUCCUAAUGGUCAUGUCAAUUUCGAGAAAUUUUGGGAGUUGGCCAAACAAGUGAGUGAGUUUAUGACUUGGAAGCAAGUGGAGUGUCCAUUUGAGAGGGACCGCAAGAUCCUGCAGUAUCUUCUCACAGUCCCGGUCUUCAGUGAAGAUGCUCUUUAUCUGGCUUCUUAUGAGAGUGAAGGUCCUGAAAACCACGUAGAAAAAGACAGAUGGAAGUCUUUAAGGUCCAGCCUCUUGGGCAGAGUUUAACAAAUGGGAGAUAAUUGUUGCUGCGCUGCUGCUGCUGCUGCUGCUGAGGAAUGCUGUACAUCCCUGAAGGGCUGGCUUUUGUUUUCUGGCAUCACAUUCCAGAACAAUCAGGAAAGACCCCACCUUCAGCAAAGCCGCGCACUCCUUGUCAGAGA